GUUUAUAAGAUUGCAAUUAACAUCAACAUAUUUUGUAAACGUAAAUGUAAAAAUUAUUUUUAUGAAUUUAAAAAAAUUUCUUACAUUUGGUAACAAUUUUCUCAAAACACUUUUAACCCAUUUCCUUUAUGGUUUCUCUAGCUCGACCAUUGGUCACUGUGUAUACAGAUAAAAAUGAAAAUAGUGGCAAGUAUAUUAAAAUGCCUGCAGUUUUUAAAGCACCCUUACGGCCGGAUUUAGUUCAGUUUGUCCAUGAUCAGAUGGCUUUAAACAAAAGGCAACCUUAUGCCGUUUCUACCAAAGCAGGUCAUCAGACAUCAGCUGAGUCGUGGGGAACUGGAAGAGCAGUGGCUCGUAUUCCUAGGGUUAGAGGCGGUGGUACUCAUAGAUCGGGCCAAGGUGCCUAUGGAAACAUGUGUCGAGGUGGCCACAUGUUUGCACCAACUAAAGUAUGGCGUAAAUGGCAUAGACGCAUUAAUAUUAAUCAAAAACGGUAUGCUAUUUGUUCGGCUUUAGCUGGAUCGGCAAUGCCAGCAUUAGUAAUGGCAAAAGGUCAUGUUAUUGAUCAGGUUCCAGAAAUCCCUUUGGUAGUUUCUGAUAAAAUUGAAAGUUAUAAUAAAACUAAACAAGCAGUGACUAUGUUGAGGUCAAUUAAAGCUUGGUCGGAUAUUGAAAAGGCUAAAGACUCAAAAAGAAUCAGAGCUGGUAAAGGAAAAAUGAGGAAUAGAAGAAAAGUUCAGAAACUUGGUCCAUUGAUUAUAUAUAACAAAGAUAAUGGCCUCAAGAGAGCAUUUGGAAAUAUUCCAGGGAUACAAAUGUUAAAUGUUAGAAAGCUAAACUUGCUUAGAGUGGCACCUGGUGGGAAGAUUGGUCGUUUUAUAAUAUGGACAGAAAGUGCAUUUAAACAAUUAGAUAAAAUAUUUGGCACAUUUAAACAUCCUUCAACUGUUAAAAAAGGAUUUCAUUUACCAUUGCCCAUGAUGGUUAAUACUGAUAUAAAUGCAAUACUUUCAAGUGAGGAAGUGCAAACUGCAAUAGACAAUUGUAAGUCUAAAAAAUGUGUUCCACAUGUUAGACAAGUUAAAAGAAAUCCUCUCAAACAUCCUCAUAUUAUGGCUACACUUAAUCCAUAUUCAGUUGUAACUAAAAGAAGGAAUUUCUGUAUUUCAUCGAAGCUAGGUAAAAAGGACUUAAAAUCUCAGAAAAGGAAAUUACAAAAGUCAAAAAUUUUGAAAAAUAAAGUUCAGAAGGUCUCCACUAAUAAAACCACAAAAAAGACUACUAAAUAGAAAAAUAUCUAAUUUAUAAUAUAUUAUUUAAAUAAAAAUUCAUUUUCUAUUGUUUAUGCCAUUUUUUACAAGAUAUUUUAGUUU